CGGGGCCAGGGGCGGGCAGAUAACCGGCGCUUUUCAUAACGCGAGACUGCACUGCACACAAAUAAAUCACCUCGUUCAACAGGUGCCCAAGCCACUCGUUUCCAUCCUUCUGGAGUUUCGAGUAGCCAGCCUGCUAGCUGCUUCUGGCGCAAUGAUGGCGCAGCCGCAGCUGGAGAAGAAGGUGCCCCCGCGGGCGAGGCCGCCGCUGACGGGGAAGUCCGUGGCCGCGCUCUGCGUCGCCAGCUUCGCCGUCGGCCUGCUGCUCAGCGGCUGGAUGCCGCUCCUGUCGGCGCCGAUCAGCACGGUGGACAAGACCUCUGCUCCCGGCUGCGACGACAGCCGCGUGAGCAAGGGGUUAGCCGGGGAGAGGCAUGACCCCAAGGGUAUCAUGAGCGAGGUGUCCAGGACGCACCAUGUCAUCCGGUCGCUGGACAAGACGGUGUCUUCUCUGGAGAUGGAGCUGGCCGUGGAGCGCGCCCGGAGCGGCGUCGCCGGCGCGGCGGGCUCGUCCAAGGCCCUUCAGAAGGCCUUCGUCGUGAUCGGCAUCAACACGGCCUUCAGCAGCAAGAAGCGCCGCGACUCCCUCCGCGAGACCUGGGUGCCCUCAGGGGAGAAGCUGAGGAGGCUGGAGAAGGAGAAGGGGAUCGUGGUGCGGUUCGUGAUCGGCCGGAGCGGGGCGGCGGACCGCGCCCUGGACGCGGAGGAGGCGGAGCACAAGGACUUCCUCCGGCUGGACCACGUGGAGGGCUACCACGAGCUGUCCUCCAAGACCAGGAUCUACUUCGCCACCGCCGUCGCCACCUGGGACGCCGACUUCUACGUCAAGGUCGACGACGACGUCCACCUCAACCUCGGGAUGCUGGCAACUAGGCUGGCCAAGUACAGGGCGCGGCCCAGGGUGUACGUCGGCUGCAUGAAGUCCGGCCCUGUUCUGUCACAAAGAGGGGUGAAGUACCACGAGCCGGAGUACUGGAAGUUCGGGGACGUCGGGAACAAGUACUUCCGGCACGCCACCGGCCAGAUCUACGCCGUCUCCAAGGACCUCGCCGCCUACAUCUCCGUCAACCAGCCGAUCCUGCACAGGUUCGCGAACGAGGACGUCUCCGUGGGCGCGUGGCUGAUCGGGCUGGAGGUGGAGCACGUCGACGACCGGAGCAUGUGCUGCGCCACGCCACCAGCCGUGCGUUUUGCAGACUGCGAGUGGAAGAAGCGGGCCGGGAACGUGUGCGUGGCGUCCUUCGACUGGUCCUGCAGCGGGGUCUGCAGGUCCGUGGACAGGAUGAAGCUCAUCCACGACGCCUGCGGCGAAGACCAGGCGGCCCUCUGGGGCGUCGCCACCUGAUCUGGAGUAGUGGUCGGAGUAGCGCAUCGGCCGGCCGGCCGCGCUGUUUAAUGUAGCUAUAGCUUGAUUUGGAAUCCGAUCACUUUGAUCCAAUGCUAUUUCUUCUUCCAAAAGUGAGGGAUAACUCGACCUCUGCAUGAAACGAUGCACAUAACCAUUCUAUCAUACUCAAGUGACUCAACUUUAUACUAGAUUUAGUACAAAGUUAAGUCACUUAUUUUAGAACGAAAAAAAUAUUAUUCAACA